UUUUGUCAAGUCCAAGUGUGAAAAAUCUUGAGGUUGGGGAUUAACAUUUUAGGAGAAGAAUAUGUUACGAAUAAAACCAAAUGAACCAUUUAGCUAGCAGAGACUAAUAAUUAUGCAUCGUCCAUUAGGCUACAUCCUAUGUUUCUUCUCGCUGAUCAGCCUGUCCACCGGGACAACCUUCCAAAAUCUGGGGAAUUACUGUUGGAACACCCCCACUUAUACGCCAAAUAUUACCUAUCAGAGUCAGAAUAACAGCUCCACCGUCGCCUCCGGCGACGGCGCUACCGUGUACGAGCUGUUCACGUGCGAUAAUGCCUCCGCCGGCAGCUGCGGGGGGUGUGUCAGCGUCGUUAACACAACCCAAUUGGGGCCGUGCCCCAAAGAAAAGACUAAUACUAUUUGGUAUGAUUACUGCAUCUUGCGUUACUCGAAUGGGAGUUCCGACCAGUUGGUCAGGUUAACGUCGCAGAAUGGGUCUCGGGCCGGUGAUAUUGUGUCGUUCCGGCAGGUUGUCGGGAACACGUUGGAACAGGUGACUACUCAGGUGACCGGCGAUGGCGCCGGUGAGAGAUUUGCGACUCAGGAAGCUAAAACUAACUCGCCUGCGUCUAAUCCAAGGGUCUAUACUCUUGGGCUGUGCACGCCGGAUCUUUCCGACAACAACGAUUGUAAGACGUGCCUAACAAAUGCUAUUCAAGAACGGAUUUCAUCGUUUGGGGGAAAUAAAAGCAGCAUCACCCCAAUCUGUAACGUGAAGUAUGAGUUGUUCUCUUCCUACAAUCGCACAGCCCCCUCUGCUCCUCCGCCACCUCCGCCGCCUCCGCCGCCUCCGCCGCCUCCGCCACCUCCGCCACCCAAUACUACCACCACUCCUGUUACAACUACAGAAAACAGGGGAAGUUCUUCUUCAAAAGUGAUUAUUGCCAUUGUAGUUCCGAUCACUGGGAUUAUACUCCUCACUGCAAUCUUAUGCUUUGUAAGAAUUAGAAAUGCGAAGAAACAACAUACUAGAUUACAGAAAACAGAUAUGGAUGGAGUUUCAGCUGAAGAGUCCUCACAAUAUGAUCUUGCUAUGGUUAAAGCUAUUACAAAUGAUUUCUCCCUUAAAUGUAAAAUUGGGCAAGGUGGAUAUGGUUCUGUAUACAAGGGAAUGCUUCCCAACGGACAAGAAGUAGCAAUAAAAAGACUUUCAAAAACUUCAAGACAAGGAGCUCAAGAGUUCAAGAAUGAGGUUGAAGUAGUUUUCAAGCUUCAACACAGAAAUUUAGUUAAGCUAUUGGGAUUUUGCUCCGAAGGAGAAGAAAAGAUACUCAUCUAUGAGUUUGUGCCAAACAAAAGUCUCGACUACUUUUUAUUUGAUGUUGACAAACAAUAUCUAUUGGAUUGGUCAAGACGUUACAAGAUUAUAAGAGGAAUAGCACGAGGACUACUCUACCUUCAUGAAGAUUCUCGUCUUAAAAUCAUACAUCGUGAUCUCAAAGCAGGCAAUAUACUCUUAGAUGCAAAUAUGGAUCCCAAAAUAGCAGAUUUUGGCUUGGCAAGAAUUGUAGAAGUUGAUCAAAUUGAAGGAAAUACAAACAGAAUUGUGGGAACAUAUGGUUACAUGUCUCCCGAAUACGCAAUGCACGGAGAGUUUUCUGUGAAGUCUGAUGUUUUCAGUUUAGGCGUCAUACUUUUAGAGAUUAUUACUGGAAAGAAAAACCGCAACAUCUCCAAAGGAAAUAGAACAGUGGACCUUCUUGGCUAUGCUUGGGAAUAUUGGAGGGAUGAUACACCAUUGGAAAUACUAGAUCCGGUUCUCGGGGAGUCCUAUAAUGUGAACGAAGUCAUCCAAUGUAUUCACAUUAGUUUGUUAUGUGUUCAAGAAGUUGCAGCUGAAAGACCUACAAUGGCCGAGGUAAUGUUGAUGCUGAGUAGUUAUUCUUCUAAUAGAUGGUCGGCACCUCGUGAACCUGCAUUUUAUCAUGGUGGAAGAGAGGAAAUUCCGAAAGAACAACCGGAAUCAGAACAAUCUGUGAGCAUAAAUGAAGUGACAAUUUCUCAACUUCAUCCGAGAUAAGGGAGAGUAUGGUGGAAGUGUGAAGUUUAAAUAUGCAUAACCUAUUGAGCCGAAUGGUAUUAUCUCAAGAUUUAUAACUGCGCUUGUGUAUCCCGAACUGUAACUUUUCUUUGCCUUUUUUACUCGGGUGCUCCACCAUUGUUGUU